AUGCAGAGUCAUACUGCCAACUAUGUCAGAGAGACAUUAAUAUCUGUAAUAGAAUCACUUGGUAUAGAUGUAGGGAGUAUCACAGCCGUCGUCACUGAUAACGCUGCCAAUAUGAAGAAAGCAAUCACAGACGGAUUUGGCAGUGCAAAGCACCUGCCUUGUAUUGCGCAUAUUGUGUCCCACUUAGUUCCAGACGCUAUAAAACUGAGCCCUCGUAUCGGUGAAAUUAUUGCCAAAGUAAAGUCUAUCGUGUCUGUGACAAAACGGAGCGUUGUGGCAUCUGACGAACUAAAACGAUUGCAAAUACGUGAUGGAAAAACUGACAGUACGGCAUUGAAAUUGAAGCAGGAUGUGCCAACGCGGUGGAAUUCAACUUAUUAUAUGAUAGAACGUUUUCUAGAAUUAAAAGAUUAUAUCUAUCCUGUGCUUUUAACGUGCCGAACGGCCCCCACAGCACUUUCUCGCGAGGAAAUCAAUAUUUUAGAAGACACUGUACGACUUUUAGGUCCAAUUGAAUUUGUUACUACCGAGAUAAGUGGUGACUCGUAUCCAACUAGUAGUAUGGUGAUUCCUUUAAUUCACUGCAUGGAAGCCACCAUAAAAAACUGCAUUCCUAUCACUGUUGAAGGCAAGGCAUUCAAAGACAGCAUCUUGUCUGAAGUCCAACGACGUUUUGAAGAAAUUGAAUCAUAUCAGAUACUUGCAGUGUCAACUAUUCUGGACCCGCGAUAUAAACGCAUGCAUUUCCAGUCACCAGAAGAUGUUGCCGAUGCCGUAUCAUACAUUAACCGUCAAGUAAAGACUGUCGCUGUUAAUAAUAACGUGGAAUCAAAUACAGUAGACCAUCUAGAAUCGCAAACCGAAAGCAAAACUAAUGAGUACAACGUGUGGGCUUUUCAUGACAGUUUAGUCGAUUCAUGCACACCAUUUACACCAUCUGUCGAUGAGCCUGGUGGUGUGAAUCUUGAAUUACAGCAAUAUUUAAACCAGCCACCCAUUCUGCGAAAUUAA